AUGGCAAAGCGCUGCACGCUGCUGAUGGAUAGCGAUGUCCAUGGCCCAGCCUCCUGGCCAGUCGCCCUGGAAGUGGUUCGCAACGAAGGGACACUGGUGGCUUCGUCCAUCUUCAUAGCCGAGGGGACUGGGUUCACUAGCGACACUGACUGGGGCAAGCGCCUGAAUGAGCUUGGCAUCGAGCCAAAGGUGGUGCCGGCGAAGGAGGCCAGCAUCGAGCUUUGUGCCGAAGCCUUGCGCCUGGUCACAGAGGAGGAUGUCAACAUCGUGUGCCUGGCAGUGAAGGAAGAUGACUUCGCCUACCUUUCACAGAAGCUGCGCACUGCAGGUGAAGCAACUGGCAAGAAGUUUUCCAUCAUGGAAAUUGGCAGCCCGAGUGCGUGA